ACAUCUGUUCAGGAGUGAAUCUUCAUUCUACAGUAUCUCAACACUUGGAAUUUUGUUUUCUUUAGUGACCAUGUAUCUGCUAUUGUUUUUUAUGGCCUCAAUCAGUUGGGCAUCUGGAUAUUAUUCUGAAAACUGCAAUUAUAUAGCUUAUGUUGAAGCUUAUAAUGGACUUCUUCAACUUCUCGGUUUGGACCAGCCCGACAAAAAGACUAGCAAACGACCCCUGUUGCCAUGGAUCCCUGCUGUCCAAACGUUUGUGGACCUGUAUGUGACCUCCAUCAUAGAUGUGAAUGAAAAAGCCCAGAGCAUCUCGACGCAGAUCUCAUUGAUUGUUGCAUGGAGGGAUGAAAAAUUUUCAUGGCGUCCAGAAAAUUAUUGUGGAAUUGACACGCUUCCAUUCCCCAAAAAUGUGUUUUGGACUCCGGACAUUGGAAUAUUAGAAAGCAUCAAGACAGAGUUUGGAACAAAUGAGUCACCAUAUGUGCAGAUACAACAUUGGGACCUUUUAGUCACAUCUAAUGUUUUAGCUCUGACCACAGCCUGUAAGAUGGAUCUCUUCAGGUUUCCCUUCGACAUCCAAAAAUGCAGUAUAACACUUCAGUCUCCAACGCAUACAAGUACUGAAAGUAUCUGAAAACAGAAGUAUCUGAAAACCAUGAAUCCGGCAGAACAAACACAUAAAUUAUAAAUUCAUACAUUUAAUGAAACAUAAAAUAUUUUGAAUAGUUUGACUUAAUAAUAAAUAACACAAUGUUUACAUUUGUACCCAAAGAAAAGAAUCUUCUAAUAUAUCCACUCAACAAUGCACCCAGCGUCACAGUGGACUCCAGAGAAUUCUUUGAUGCCCAAGGAGAGUGGGAACUCCUCAACAUAAAUAUCUCUAGAGCUGAAACCACCAAUGCGUUCUAUAACUAUGACUAUGAUCAGCUGAUAUAUCAGAUCACAAUUAAAAGGAGACCUCUAUUGUAUUUCACCAACAUUAUCCUACCAGUAUGUUUCUUCCUUGUGCUGGAUGUGGCCUCCUUCUUCAUUGACACAAGUGGAUCAGACAAGCUGAGCUUUAAAGUGACUUUACUGCUGUCUAUUUCUGUGAUGCUGCUGAUUCUUAAUGACACGCUGCCCUCUACAGCUGAUAAAAUCCCUCUGAUUGGGGUUUACUGCAGUGGGAUUUUCUGUCUAAUUGGCAUCAGCAUUUUGGAGACCAUCAUUGUGAAUUAUCUGAUGGCUAAAGGAUCUGAGAGCAGAUCAGCAGUGGAAAAUACAGAUGCUGCUACUGGAUGCGAUGACGGUGUGAGAGACCUGCAGAGCCCUCCAGACUCAGUUAUAGAUCAGAACGAGAUGCAGAGAAGCUUCAGCUGGACCAGAGUGGCAAGAAUCACAGAUGUGACCUUCUUGGUUCUUUACAUAAUCACCAUUAUUGUGUUUCUGUCUGUGCUUGGGAAGCUUUGGGUUGUAGAAUCGUAUUAAAUACAGUACAUGAGAUAACACAUAACCCAGUCAACACUUUGAUCUCACAGUGAUCUCUCCAUAUUAUGGCCACAAUGAGUGAAGCGACUAAAAAGUAACAGAAAAUAGCAGAAAAAAAAUAUUACCGCUUUUUCAAAUUGCUUAUAUACAAUUUCUGAAACUACCACUAAAUUUCUUAAAACAGACACAAAACUAUAAAACAUGCACAUGACAUGCAAAACAUCAUACAUCUCUUGCAAAAGCAAACACAUAAUUUAAAACUAUUUUAAUUCAUCCAAAAAUGAUGUUUUUGCUCAGUAACUCUACACACAAACAUAAAAUGAUUUGCCACAUACACACAGUUGUGAAAAAUGUAAAGCUCUCUUGUGUCUUUUGCUUGUUUGGUAUGUGGUGGGCUGUACAGGAGUUUGUCACACGUACAUAUAUGUGCACAAAUACACUGUGCAGUAUGUACACACAAUUGAUGAAUGUUUCAGUUAUUAGAAAAAAGGGUUCAAUAUAUGUAUCAUUGGGUUCUUUACUCAACUCCAACGGACAUUUUAU